AUGAAAGAGCUUAUUGAGACGUAUGGAAGAGCUUCAGGUCAGUUAGUCAAUUUUAACAAAAGUUCUGUGGUUUUUAGUAAGAAUGUUACCAGAGUAAUGCAACAGGAAAUCUCUAGCUUCUUGGGGGUGCAGGUGGUGGAGUCCCAUGAGAAGUAUCUUGGGUUACCUACGUAUGUGGGGAGGAAAAUGACCACUACUUUCCAGUAUAUUAAGGAUAAUUUAGCUAAGAAACUUGAGGUCUGGCAAGGGAAGCUGUUGAGUGGGGCAGGUAAAGAUAUUCUCAAUCGGGUGGUAGCUCAGGCUCUUCCUACUUAUGCUAUGAGUAUUUUUCAACUCAGAAAAACCUUUUGUGAGGAUUUGGAACAAAUGUGUGCCCGGGAACUCUUGAAAAACAGCUCGUAUUGGCAGAUUGGGGAUGGGGAGAUGGCAGAUAUUUGGUCAAAUUCCUGGAUCCCGGAGUUACGAAGUGGCAAGCCUAGUAGAAAUGGUACGGCACUAGCAGCUGUGACUAAGGUCAGGGACCUGGUUGGUGCAUCUGGAUUCUAG